GCAUGCGCAAUGACUGGCUACCGGCGUCUCGUGUUUCCGAUCGCGGGUAGCGGCGUCGUGAGGUAUUUUAGAUCCCGCUGUGUCUGCGCCUGCGCCGAAGGCGCCUUCUCUCCACCUCCACACCCCCUCCCUUCCCCCACGAGGCAGGAGCCCCUCCCCCAUUCCUUCCCCGUUUUCCCCCUCCCCCUGCUUUAUCUCUAGACUUUGCCCCCAGCGGGGGUUCGGGAGCGUGACCAUGUUCACCAGCACCGGUUCAAGUGGGCUAUAUAAGGCACCUUUGUCCAAGAGCCUUUUACUAGUACCCAGCGCCCUUUCGAUUUUAUUGGCACUGCUCUUUCAACAUUAUCAGAAUUUCUUUGUAUAUAAUCUACAAGCUGUAAAGAAUGACUUGCAGAUCUGGAGAUUGAUAUGUGGAAGAAUAAUUUGCCUUGAUUUGAAAGAUACAUUUUGUAGUAGCCUGCUCAUAUAUAACUUUAGGAUAUUUGAAAGAAGAUAUGGCAGCAGGAAAUUUGCAUCCUUUUUAUUGGGUUCUUGGAUUUUGUCAGCUUUGUUUGACUUGGUCCUUGUGGAAGCUAUGCAGUAUUCAUUUGGUAUCACAGCCAGUAACUUGCCUUCUGGUUUUCUCGGGCCUGUAUUUGCUCUGUUUGUACCAUUUUACUGCUCCAUUCCAAGAGUUCAAGUGACACAAAUUCUGGGCCAGUUUUCCAUCACAAACAAGACAUUGAUUUAUAUAUUGGGGCUACAGCUUUUAACCUCUGGUACCUACAUUUGGGUUGUAGCCACAAGUGGUCUGAUUGCUGGUAUGUGUUAUACCAAUAGUGUAUUAAAAGUUCAUGAGGUUCUUUGCAUACCCCGCUGGAUGGCAAAGUUGUUUUCUUGGACACUUGAACCCAUCUUCUCUUCUUCGGAACCAACCAAUGAAGUCAGAAUUGGAAUGGGAGCAACCGUAGACAUUCAGAGGCAGCAAAGAAUGGAACUGCUUGAUCGUCAGCUUAUGUUAUCUCAGUUUGCACACAUGAGGCGGCAGCGACAGCAGCAGGGUGGGAGGAUUAAUUGGAAUCGAUUUUUUCCUCAUAUACGUCAGAGGCGGAACGCAAAUGCUCGAGAUGUUCGACAGUCUGAACAAGAAGUAGCAGCACCUCCUCUCGAGGUUUCCGAGGAACAGGUUGCCCGACUCAUGGAGAUGGGAUUUUCUAGGGUGGAUGCUUUGGAGGCCCUGAGAGCUUCAAAUAAUGACCUUAAUGUAGCUACCAACUUCCUACUGCAGCACUGAUGAGCCCGAGGAAUGCAGCUGACAUGGUUGCUUGCCAUCUGAGGCAGAGGCAGCAUCUGCCUCCCUGAUGACAUUGAAAAAUCUUUACCAAAUGAAUCCAAGGCAACAAAGCCAUGUCUACAAAACUAAGUUAUAAUGUUGGGUAGAGGGUAGGUAUGCCCUGCUGCUCCCAUGCCCUUAAACCCCAAGGUUGUUAUGAUUACACUAUCUGAAAAUAAGUUUGCCAUUGAAUUAGCUAGCAUGUUCUUUUCUAUCUUCAUUUUGAAAAACUGGGUCUUUUCCUUAGUUUUGGGAAUCAACAGUAAAGAAUUUGUUGCAGUAGACGUAUAAAAUGCUGAGAGAGUACAAACUUAUGCAACAGCCCAGUGCCACUCCUGAGGGGAAAGAGAGGCUGUUAUAAGUCAUACUAUUUUUAUUAUAGUACAUAAUCCCACAUAAUCUUUUGAUUGCAAUAAUAAUCUUGAAGGGGAAAGGGAGUAAUGUUAUUUCAAUAAGGACAUAUCAGAUUAUUCUUUGUAAAAGGUUUUUUUUAAUUGCAUUAUUUUUUUUCUCAAAUUUAUUUUUAAAUCUAAAGGGCUAUUCAGGCCAUGCCCGAUACCACCUAGAUACCGGAAGUAUGAUUUAUAUAUCUAUUAUAAAUUGUAUUAACUAAGGACUAACUAGGGGAGAGUAGAAGCACUGAGUCAUGCACUCCUCAUUAUUGCCAGCACAGGGCAGAUUUUCUAGGCCUUUCUCCCCAUGUCUUCCAGAAAAAGCUACUAAUUAAAAGAGCCUAGAAGAGUCUCUGAAACAGUGAAAAAGCUCUGGGGGAAAAAAAAGGGAUCUAGUGUUAACUCUCCCUUGAAAAUCCAAAGUAGAUCCAUAAUGGGGAAGUGAUUCAGGCAGCAAAAGAAUGAAAAUGGAGCUAAAAAAAACCCCUAGCCUGACAGCAUCCAGCCAGGUUCAGCAGGACCAGAGUGACCAGCUGAAUCUUCACGAUGGCCUAAAUAGAGUACGUUAUAGUUGACAUGUGGUGGAUUCGUGAAUAGACCAUCCGUUAUUUUCAGGAAGUGGAGAUGAGGACUCUAGCCCACCUUUUGUGUCUGGUUCUUGGGCUAAGCAUUUGCCUGCUGAAAACCUAGAUUGCUUGUCCCUGGCUGCACCACCAGCAUUAGCCUCUCUAGAAGUGGCAUUUCCUGGCAGCCACAAACCUAGGAUGCUUGGCAUCCCAAAGGGUCAACCCAGGGCAAUGCAGAGGAUAAGAAUAACAUUUCAGAAUUAGUCGCUGUAAGCAGAGAAAACGGAAAUCAGCAUUGGAAAGGGAUGGAAAAUGUGAGGGGAAGAGGAGGGCUGAAAAAGGCCUUUAGCAGAUACAAAGCCAGGGGAAACGCAAGUCCAUUUGUCAUCUGCAAAGUGAGCAGAAAUUUAUCAAAUUGAUGCAAGUUUAGGUACACGACGCUCAUCAUAAUAAAGCUUAAAACAUGUUUUACCUUUUUAGUAUUUUUCACAUAGGAUUGACCCAAUCGAAAGAAAAUUUUCUCCUAGGCUUUGAAUGAUGAAAUAGUCUGUCAGGCUACCUGUCUCUUUGGCUGAAGAGCUUCAUGGGAGAAAAAGGUUGGAGAGAGCUUUUGUUCAGUCUAGCUAGCACUGUGCAGUUAAUAGUGGCUGUGUCCUGAAAGAAGGAAAUAAAUGUGUUACCAAGGCCAGAUUCCAGGGCUCAUAAGUAUCAUUUCAGUGCCUAGGACCUAGUGGGGCCCCAAGAACUCUGUGCCUCUCUGGCUCAAAGCUCCAUUAGCAGCACCCAAUCAGUAAAGUAAUAAGAGCAAGGAACCCUAAUGGAGCGGUCUGAGGCCAAGUCACUGAGCAUGUUCCUGUGGAGACGGUACAGAGGCAAUUCAGAUUGGUUGUGCAAGGGGCACACAUUUAGGGUUGUACUUUCAAAAAAAAAGUGCAAUACAUAUUCUUACCAUGUGUUAUUUUUGUUAACAUAGUCAAAUAAUUCAUAACCAAUUCAUUAGAGAAGCAGAGAGAAUUUCUACAAGUUCCCAGAUAUCUUAAUAAAUAACACCUGAAAAUCAGGAUCUUAGAGAAAGAUGUGUAUUUGAAGGUCAUCUGAAGCAACAUUAUCAGCAUCUACACAUGGACUAUUUUGGUCAGAACUUAUAAUUUCAUCCAUGUAGGGAGCUUCCAUUUCCAUUAAUACCAAUUGGCAACUCCCAUGUGAUUCAUAGUCUUAGAGAGUUGCCUAGGCCAUUGAGAGGGUAAGUGACUUACCCACAGUCAUACAGCUGAUUUAUUUGGGAGGCAGGACUGAAGCCCAGGUCCCUCUGACUUCAACACCAGCCUUCUGUCCACUGUGCCAAUCUGCCUCUCACAUAUUAUAUAUGGUUGGUUUUUUUUUUCCUUUUAAAAAGGAUUCAUCACCGAGUGGUUCUUGUUUAUUGUUUGUUACAUUUUGAGAAACCCUUCCAAUUCAGUUUUCAUACUCAGUGUUCUUCUCUACUAUAAAUGAUAAGGCACUGCCUUCCUUGUUAUCCCCUGGGACUUGGGUUUUUUUACUGGCACAACUUGUGGUCUCAGGAUCUUUUUCUUUGUAAUCACCUCCACUCCUGUCUUAAUACCAGUCCUUUCCUUUCCUUCCUGGCAUCACCGUCAGCACCAAGGAACUUCUAGCACUCACAUUCCCUGUUCUACACCAUCCUUGAUGAUCAGCUGUUUCCCACCAAAUGGCAAGCUAAUCAUCUGCUCCAAAUAAGCUGAGAUCCCAGGGGCUUUGAAUAAGGGAAAAUAUAUGCAUACUCACAGCUUUCAUCAGACAUUGAAAAUCUCAUUCAGGUACAUAUGUAAUCUUUGAGAAAAUCCAGUGUUUUCCUCCCACUGUCAGGAUUUGUGCCAGAGGAGGGCACCAAAGAGCUACGUUAAUCUACCCUUAAGUCUACAAAAAUGCUUGUGGGCUACUGAACUAGUACCAUGCUGAUUUCAUUAUUAAGUGGGUAAGUUCCAGUUGCCCCAGAGAGAGGCAGAAACCUUGUUCGUAGGUUCACCUGGCCCAAGGGAGAACAUGUAUUGGUAAAGCCCUGAUUGAUAGGAGGGCCCCAGGUACUGCCUCAGCAUAAAUUACGUUGAAAUCACGGAAGGAACAUCAGAACUUUGAUUAGCGAACUAAGCCCAAAAUUAUGAAAAUACCCAAGUGCCAUUUAUAAAAUGAAAUCACUUUUUAGUACCUGAACUUGUAAUCUAUUCCUACAUAGCAAUAGACCUUUCACCUCCAUAGGACCACAUCCUAAAAUGUUUUGGAGAGAAUUACAGUAUAGUUCAAAGUUUAUUUUACUGGAUGUCUCAGGUAUUAACUAAUAUAUAUUGAUCAAAAGAGAUAUGAUUAUCUUCACUCUGCAUCCCACACCUGCCCUUUGACCUCAGCUCACACAGUGAUUUUGAAAUAAGUGAAUGGGAUUAAAUCAGUAUCAUAAAGAGGGAUCAACAUUUCUCAUUGCAGUUUCCUGGCUUUGACUAAAGAUUUUUCUUUUUCAUUUUAUGUCAAAACUCUGUUGGAACAAAUGUAAGGGCAAUCUGCUCAGACCACUGUAAAUCUUUUGUUUUUUAAGCAGCAGGAUCUAAGGACCCCAAUCCCCCAAAGAGAUAGCGUUUGCACUCUGAAUUGGAAAUGGUAUUAUAGACUACCUCCUUUGAUCAACAUGUUUUCUUGUGUACUUUGAGGGGGAAGGGUGUUGUACAAUAAUCUUUUUUUACCCUUUAAAUACAAGGAAGUGUUCAAAGGGAUCUGCCUAUGUGAGCAUUAGCUACAGGGGCCCUCUUUUACACUCCAGUUUGGUACAGGCCAGAAAAUUCCAGAUGUUUUGUCACCUGGGGCAUGUUUUGUCUGCUGGGUAUUCUGACUUGGACCAUGAAUAUCUGUGGCAUUUCUGAAGCACCCCAUCAUUCAGAUCAGAAGUGUAAUGGACACAGGCAUAGUGUGGGCACCCCAAGAGGACUUGAGGCCAUCUCUGGAGUCCUAGUGAACUAGGAAAGUACAUCAUUUCUGUGAUAAUGCCCAGGUGGUCAGAAGACCAGACGAAACUAAAGUGAGGGAAUGAAAAGUUCCCCUCAGAGCCCCUUGGGACUUCUUGCAGGGAACCUUGAAUCACUCCCUGGGGAUAAUUCUCAAUGGGGUAAUUCUCAGCCUGCUCCCUGAAGCACAGGAUGGUUCUGACCCAAACUGAGAGGAAGCCCCUGUGGCAGCCUCCAAGCAACCAGACUCCACAGCAGCAAAAUGAAAAAUCAAUUGUUAGGCACAGUGAAUACCAAGGGAUUACUUAACCUUUUAUUUCAUGGACCCCUUUGGCAGUCUGGUGAAGCCUAUGGACCUUUUCUCAGAAUGAUGUUUUUAAAUACAUAAAAUAAAAUAUAUAGGAUUACAAAGGAAACCAAUGACAGUGAAAUACAGUUAUCCAAAUUUUAAAAAAACAACCAAGUUCAUGUACACUUCUGCCACUCACCCAACUCCCAAGAACCCCUGAUAUAGAUUAUCCAUCUCUGAGUACUAAAAGUAGAAAAGCACUUUCAGAUAAAUCUGUUCUAGUACCCAGCUUUGUACCAUUAUGUAGGUAUAGCCCCUUGAGAUUUGAUUCAUUUCAAUCCCAUAAGCAUUUAUUAAGCUCCUUCUAGAGCGGAGCGCUGCAUUGGUGAUACAGACAAAACAGAACCUGUCGCUGUGCUCUAGGCUUACCUUAUAGCCUUCCAGGAGGCUCCUGUCCAGAUCUAUGUAUAAUGUAUAGGUAAAUACCAAGUAUUUACAAAGGAAUGUGGAGUAAUUUUGUGGGUUAGGAUAAAAAGUCUUCAUGCGGCUACAAAAGCGAAGAAAGACAGACUGUGGAAGGCUUUAGUCUGAGGACUCUGUAUUAUACCCUAGAGCCAUCGUGGAAUUUUGAGGUGAGGGAGGAGGGGUGGAGUGGACGUGGUCACAUCCUUGUUUUAGGAUUAUUUGGUAGUUGAUUAAGUCUACCAUAGGGCGUUAAGACCUCUACUUCUCCCUAAGAGCAUAGAGCCUCUUUUUAUGCUUCUGAAGUCUGUUCAAGGAUUUUCUGCAUAACAGGAUUAGAAUUGUAAACCCACCACGAACAUGGUAUAUUUCAUUCUUUCCUCAUUAAAAUCUCUUAACAGUAUGGCAAUAUUCAUCAGAAGGCUUCAAUAGAAUGGUAAACAGAAGUGUUAGAGCAUAGCUAAGAAAUGGUCAACCAGCCUGAUACUGUCUAUGCAGCUUUUUUCAUGGGGCAACUUAUAAAACCUGCAUUUUUGUUGUUUAUGAAAUCCAAGUUUUCUCUAUAGAUAAAGCUUUCGGGAUUGUGCAGCUGUUUUCAAAAGGUAUCAGACUGCUAAGUGUCUUCAGCCCCAAAUCCAGCGGACGCGUAUUAACUCCUCAAGAGGCUGGACCUCGUUGCAUUUAGAUUCUCAUAUACAUGUCUGUGGUGUUUUGUGCCUACUGAUGCCUUAAUGACCUAUUUAAAGGAAAAAAAUAAAAAGCCGUUAUUUUGUUAAAAUUAAGCAAACAACUAAACUAAAAAAGCCAAAUCCUGGAUGAGCUACAAGAAAUUCCCAGACCCACUUCCUAGGUAGAGUUAUGACAAUGUUGUUUGUGUUCUGGAUGAAGUAAUUGUGACUAGAAUGAUGGUUUGGUAAAAGAAAGCUAAAUGACGUCA